AUGCCGUUAACCCCCGUAUACCAAUAUGUUUUAAUAAUAUUACGGGGUUUUCCAAAUGCAUUUAUUGCAAAAACGUGCAAUACCGGAAUUUUUCGAAAAGUUUACCAAAGCCCAAUUUCGCGCUUGCAAAGCUAUUUAAAAAGCCAAAUCCUUUUAUACCAUAUUGGCCAAAUAAUUUGCGCGUUACGAGCGUUAAACCGUUGUUUAAAAACGCAUCGAACGCAAAAUUGCCCGCAUUGCAACAUUAAAAGCUAUUUAAAAAAUGUUCCAAUAUUUUCGCACCAUUUCCUUUUAAACAAAAAGGCAAAUUUAAGCUUUAAUUGCUACCAAAAACCGUGGUUAAUUUUAAGUUUUUUCGUUAAUUUAUUACAAUUAAAACCAUAA